AUGGACGCUGCCAUAGUCUUCGCUGCGAAAGAGGGACAGAUCUCCAAGCUCACGUCCUACUCCAGACUAGCACUUGUGGUCUGGGACAUUGUUGUAAACAUGAGACGUGAAGUAGACCUCAUCUGGCGACCGAAAUUCCGCUUUUCAAGUCUGUUAUACCUGAUGGUCCGAUACCCAAUCAUUGCGUACUCAAUUUGGGCGGUUGGGUACAAACUCUCUACUCCGCACUGCGACGCCCUAGACAAGUUUACCUUCUCGAUAUCACUGUUUCCAACACGAAUCGCCACGAUCAUAUCAUUCGCGAUGAGGGUAUACGCAGUGACGGAUCGCGGGCGCUUGAUGAUAGGCCGCAUCAUGAUUGCCCUACUUGCCCUUGCCGGGAUAUUGGUGGUAGCAUUAGACAUAGCUCAAAUACCUAACAUGGGCUGCAGCCCCUCAGAUUACCCACUGUUGACUGCCCUAGUCUUCAUAUCACUCUGCGUGUUUGAUGUUCUCGCUACGGCGAUGAUUCUUACACGGAUGACCACCAUCGUCCGCUUGAACGGAGGAACGAAAGCGCUUGACAUAUCGACGUUGACUGGAGUCGUUGUCGCUAGCGGCCUCAUGUUCUUUGUCGUCGUCACCAUCGUGCAAGUCGGAGCAGUAAUCCUGUACUACGUCCCAUCAAACGCAUACAGCACCUUCCUGAACAACUACACCCUCGUCCUCUCCGCCGUCCUCAUCUCGCGCUUCCUCCUCGACCUGCGCGAGAUCGCGUACGAGCCGGACGAGGCGACCAUUGCUGCGCUGAGGAGCCUGCGGUGUGCCGCUGGCCCGGCUGGCGGAAAACAUUCGACGAUCGGGUUCGUGCGCGACUUUGAGGAUCCGUUUGGGUUUGAUAUUGAUGCUGGAGACUUCGAGCGUGAACUUGAUGCAGAAGUGGCUGGUGUUAUGCGUCGGCAUGUGGUUGAGCGGUGCCCCCAGGUUCGGAGUGUGUCGCCAUACAAGGGUGCAGAACGGGUUGAACCCAGAGAGAUGAUAGACAUACGGAGGAACGCGAUGGAAAGCACCAGCUCGGAGGACGACUUUGCUGACUACUUGAGAUGGGAGAAAAGUUUAUGCCAGCAGUAG